AUGCAUAUGUUUGACGAAGAAGAGCCCACCGAAAAAAGAUUUGAAGAGUUGUGUCAGUCGAUUUGCAUAGAGGGUCACGUUCGUGAGGAUGCUUGGGACAAGUACAAGGAGGUUUGGACAAACUUCUCAAUCGAUGGCGACCAAAUUCAGUGGUUGGUGUGUUCACUGUACGAAUGCUGUCGUCGUUCCAGUUCCGACAGCUCUUCAGGGCAGGUCGUGGAGAACGUGUAUGUUCCGUUGACCCGCCUCUUAUCUGCGGCAAAAAUGAGUAUGGUCCAGUUUUUUCACCGAAUCCGUCGCUGGGCAGAAAUGACAGAAAUGUGUAAUGAUAUGCGUGACAGAAUUGAACAUUUGGAGCGGCAGUUCGCUAUUUCGUCGGUUACCUUCCGUCAUUUCACGCGCGUGUUUCCUCUCUUAUUUUCGCCGACUUCUGACGAGACCUACAAAGAAGACAUGGGUAAGCUAAAUUGGAGAAGCGUUCUUCUUUGUUUCAUUUGA